AUGGCGCUCUGCUCCUGCCGUUGCUCUCCCAGAUUUCCCACUAUCUUCCCUCAGCCUUCACCUCAAAGCCGGUGGCCUCCUACAGCUACAGGAGCAUCACCGUCGAAGCUGGUACUGGGAGCACCCGUCGCCGCCGCACUUGGUUUGCACCGCCAACCCCUCCCGGCGACGUCCCGUUUCCGCCGCCUCUGCGCUCUCGCCGAUUCCUCGCCGAAGGGACAGGCGCCGGGCCUUCCCCCCCGCAAUCGUGUCUUCAUCAAAGGUAGCGAUGUCGUAUACACCAUGUAUCUGUAACCUAGGUGCCGGCAAGCAUCCAGAUAAGCCCCCGUCCAUCGUUCAGUUCCUGAUGAAUGAAUGAAACCGCGGCUGAUCCAUUAAUGAUUCAGCAACCACAACUGCUGUUCCAUAUACAUCGUACGUACAAUGGGUUGCUUCCCUCGCUGUACCUAACCUAUGAUUCUCUGUGAUUGAUCUAUCUAUAGUUGACUACUUCUGUUGGAGAUCUGGUUAGAAAUGAUGCUCCUCCGGCAGCAACUGCUGUUCCAUACUCUCCAAUUCGUUCUUCCUUCUGCUGUUCCAUACUCUCCAAUUCGUUCUUCCUUUUUGUGGCAAACAUUGUAAUGCUCUGCAUUUCUUCCGCUUGUGCAUCAAUGCCUUGGCUGCCCUAACUGCUUGAUGGAAGAGUGACGCUCGACGAAUUCAUCAAUGCCUUGGCUGACCUAACUGCUGUGUCACACAUUGACCAAUGCACUGGCCCAUUCGUAUACUGGCCAUCGUAAUCCUCUACGGUUAAUUUUCUUCUGCCAAGACCCUCCUGCUUGAAUAUAUCUCCUUCGGCCUGGGAUUUUUUACGUCCGUUCUUCGGACAUCUGACAUCAGCUUGCUGCAAUUUACCUACUUUUUUCUCCCGCUUUCUGAUCUCUUUCAACCCUACUAUUGGCCUUCAAAGGCGAAGAGCGUCUAGAGAUCCUUCUCUGAAGGUUUAGCUGCAUAGAUCUCGAUCUGACGUCAAAUAGGGUAACACUUGCUAAUCGUUUAUCAGCAAGGGGUAUUCGCCUCAAUCUGGAAGAUUCUGAUCAGCAUCAGUUAAAUCGGUAAAUUUCUAUCUUUCUCUGAAAAUUACGUCCUAGAUUGGUCAAUCGUCUGAACAGGACCAAUGCUAUAAUCGUCUGUACAAGAGUCCCCGCACUGCACGAAUUCAAAGGAGAUAAAACCUCAAAAGCUCUGUUUUAUUCAUCUACUUGCUUAUUUUUCCUCUUAAAUGGGGGAUAAUAUGGUGGCAUUCUAAUAUAACGCAGGUCUUCCCAGCUCAACAUCUGAAGGUUCAUUGGUCAAAACGUUUUCCCAGUUUGGGGAUGUCACAAGAGGUCGGUAUGGUCGGACCCAAAUUUGGCUUUCCUGGUGUGGAAAUAUAUUCAGCUCUGGUGGUUCAUAUCGUUCAGCUUAACAAUUUAUUUGACUGCGAUGAUAAUAGGCAUCAGAAAAUGUCCCAGAAAUCUUUCAUCCAAAACCCUUUGCAUCUCUCUGUGAAGACCCUUGUAAAUGACGUCAUGACGAGCCUUAGAGCUUUGUCUGAUGUUGUAUUUUAAAGGAGUGUUUACGCAGAGAGACCUGGUGUUCUUCCUUCAGCUGAUCCCUCUCUCUCUCUCUUUCUCUGUCCUCUGAUGUUGCAGUGAAAGUAAUAACGAGCAAAGUAUCGAAACAGUCACUGGGAUUUGCAUAUGUCUGGUUUGAACUCGAAGAGGAUGCCCAAGUUGCGGUCGAGGAGAUGAACGGAAAGGUAAGGUACCGGUUUUGAUUCUAGCAAGCCAAAGAUUCUAGCGUCAGGCGUCCACAGUUCAUUCAAUCUGUGCAUUGUAUCCAGUUUUUCGAUGGCAGGUACAUUCAUGUCGCUAUCGCCGACUCCGAAUCUCCCACGAAGCAAGCCAAAGCCAUCCCUUACAGGUUUUGA